GGUAGGCGUGGCACCUCUGCUGACUUCAGGAUGAUGUCGUGCAGACCCCUCUCCUGUUCUUCACACCCCUGAAGCAUCUGGCCCCGUGUCUGAGCUCCAGCUUCCCCUCAGCCUUGGAGAAAGGAGAAGACCUCCUGGGGCAGUGCUUCCUGUCACGAAGAGUUUCUAGACAUUUGCCUUGAGCAUGACCAGUCAGAAAGACUCGCAGGACAACACCAUCGUCAGAAUAGCCGCUCACUUACCGGACCUCAUUGUCUAUGGGAAUUUCUCUCCAGAGCGACCUUCCGUGGAUUAUUUUGAUGGAGUCCUGAUGUUCGUUGAUAUUUCAGGUUUCACCGCGAUGACGGAGAAGUUCAGUACGGCCAUGUACAUGGACCGGGGGGCCGAGCAGCUGGUGGACAUCCUGAACCACUACAUAAGCGCCAUCGUGGAGAAAGUGUUGCUGUUUGGAGGAGACAUCCUAAAAUUUGCAGGUGAUGCGUUGCUAGCCCUAUGGAAGGUAGAACGGAAGCAACUGAACAACAUCAUCACUGUGGUCGUCAAAUGUAGCCUGGAGAUCCACAGCCUCUUUAUAAACAAGGAGCUGGAAGAAGAAGAAGGCCUGGAUAUUCGGGUGAAGAUAGGGCUGUCUGCUGGCCACAUCACCAUGGUAGUCUUUGGGGACGAAAGGCACAACUACUUCCUGGUGACUGGUCAGGCAGUGGAGGACGUGCGCAAUGCACAGAACAUGGCGCAGAUGAACGAUGUCAUCCUGUCCCCUAACUGCUGGCAGCUCUGUGACCGCAACAUGAUUGAAAUUGAGAGGAUUCCAGAGCAGAGAGCUGUGAAGGUUAAGUUCUUAAAACUACCCCCUACCUUUAACUUUGAUGAAUUUUUCAAAAAGUGUAUGACCUUCAUGAGUUAUUAUCCUCCCAGUCAGCUCAAAAACACGCUGAGGUUGGCGUGCUUGCUGGAGUCCAACCCAGAGCUGGAGGAAUCACUGCAGAAGUACGUGAUGGAGAGCAUCCUGAAGCAGAUUGAUGAUAGACAGCUCCGGGGCUAUUUGUCUGAGCUUCGGCCAGUGACGAUUGUGUUUGUGAACCUGGUAUUUAAAGAGCAGAACAAGGUGGAAGUCAUAGGUUCAGCCAUCCAGGACGCCUGUGAGCACAUCACCUCGACCCUGCAGGCCUUCCGAGGCCAGAUCAAUAAAGUCUUCAUGUUUGACAAGGGCUGUUCCUUCCUUUGUGUCUUUGGUUUCCCCGGAGAAAAGGAGCCCAACGAAGUCACUCACGCUUUGGAAAGUGCUGUGGACAUAUUCGACUUCUGCUCCCAGGUGCCUAAGAUCCAUACGGUGUCCAUCGGUGUGGCCAGCGGCAUCGUCUUCUGUGGCAUCAUCGGACACACAAUGCGACAUGAGUACACAGUCAUUGGUCAGAAAGUCAACAUCGCCGCCAGGAUCAUGAUGUACUACCCAGGAAUUGUGACCUGUGACUCUGUGACCUACAAUAGCAGCAACCUACCAGCUUACUUCUUUAAAGAGCUCCCAAAGAAAGUGCUGAAAGGCGUUGCAGACCCAGGACCAGUCUAUCAGUGCUUGGGCCUCAAUGAGGAAGUUGUGUUUGGUAUGGCGUACCUCAGGGCCAAAGGAAGUGAGAGCUACCCUUUGCUGGGACGUGAUAAGGAGAUCAAGUACUUCAUGGAUAAUAUGAAGAGAUUUCUGAUUUCUGGCUAUAGCCGUGUCCUCAUUUACGAAGGCAUAACAGGCUAUGGGAAGAGCCAAAUCCUCAAGGAGAUCGAGUACCUGGCCCAGGGGGAGAGGCACAGGACUGUUGCUAUUGCCCUGACGAAGGUGAGCUUCCAUCAGAAUUUCUAUACCAUCCAGAUAUUCAUGGCCAACGUGCUGGGUCUGGAUAACUGCAAACAUUACAAGGAACGACAGACCAAGCUUCAAAACACAGUCAGGAAACUGAUGGACGAGAAGUUCUUCUGCCUCCUUAACGACAUUUUCCACGUCCAGUUUCCCACUACCCGGGAGAUUUCCAGAAUGAGCAGCUUGAAAAAGCAAAAGCAAGUGGAAAAACUGUUUAUGAAGAUCUUAGAGAAGACAGUGCGAAGCGAAAGGGUUAUUCUAAUCAUCGACGAGGCCCAGUUUGUGGACAAGACCUCCUGGCUGUUCAUGGAGAAGCUGAUCCAGACGGUGCCUGUCUACAUCAUCAUGGCCCUGUCAACCGGCAUCGAAGAGCUCUGUGCCUCCGCCACCAACAUCAUGAAGAACAGGAACACCACCUAUGUCACACUCGGUGCGGUUCAGUCCAAGGACAUCCGUAACAAGACCUGCUAUGACCUCAACGUAAGCAGCAUCUCAAGAGAGUUGGACAUGUACCUGGUGGAGGGGAGCUGUGGGAUUCCAUUUUACUGUGAAGAAUUGGUUGCCAACCUUGACCACCACAAGGUGCUCCACUUCCGGCAGAUGGAUUCUGAGGAGAAGAGUAAUGUGACCUGGAACAACAUGUUCCGUAAUUUUAUUAAGCCAACAGAAGAAUUAAAAAUAUUUUUUAAUGCACAGGAGGGAAAUGAUGUAGUCUGCAACCUUGCUAGCGGGGUCAGACUGAAGAAUUUAUCACUCCCAACGUCAUUAAAAGAGGUCUCCCUGAUCCAGCUGGACAGCAUGAGUCUCUCGCACCAGAUGCUGGUGCGGUGCGCGGCCAUCACGGGCCUCACCUGCACCACGGAUCUGCUGUUCGAGAUCCUGCCUUGCUGGGACAUGAAGAUGAUCAUCGAGGCCCUGACCACACUGGUGGAAGAGAACAUCUUUGACUGCUUCCUGACUGGCAAGGACCUCCGCCUGGCCCAGCAGCAGGACGCCUCCUUCGAGGUGCAUCACCGCUCCUCUUCCCUGCAGGCCAAUGAAGGGACGGAGGACAAGGACAAAGACAAAGACGAAGAGUUCCAGGAGCUGCGCAACGAGGUGUUGCAGUGCCACAUCAUCCGAUUCUGUAGGCCCAUGAUGCAGAAAAUCGCCUACGAACUAUGGCUCAAGGAUGAGAAGAAAGCCAUGCACUUGAAAUGCGCCCACUUCCUGGAGGAAAGCGCCCACAGAUGCGACCGCUGCAGGGGCACUGACUUCGUUCCCUACCACCACUUCGCGGUGGAUGUUUGGCUCAACAAACUAGACAUGAGCACCAUGAAGAAGCUGGCUAAAUCCCACAGUCCUCAAUCUAAAGAAGAGAUCCCUGCUUCUAAGCCAGAACUCUGUGAGAAAGCUGAGCUGUUUCCUGCAGACCUCAACCCUGAGGAAAUAAAGGACAAGAUCUUGGAGUUCUUUGACAACAUGAUAACCAAAAUGAAUGAGGAGGCGGAGAGGCUGCUCCCCCAGAAGCCCUGCCAGUGUGAGGAGAUCCUCACCAUUGUCAUCCUGCCUCUGGCCCAGCACUUCGUGGCUCUGAAUGAAGACCACAGAGCCCUGUACUACUUCCUAGAGAUCACAUCAGCCUAUCUCCUCCUGGGCGACAACUACAUGGCAUAUGUGCAUUUGAAUGAGGGACACAGGCUGUUAAAAAUGCUGAAGAAGAAGAAAUCUUGGAAUGAGACUUUUGAGUUGGCUACUUUUUAUACCCUCAAAGGUCAGGUGUGCUAUAACAUGGGCCAGAUGGUGCUGGCCAAGAGGACUCUGAGGAAGGCACUGAGGUUUCUCAAGUGUGUCUUUCCUCGCAACUUACCCUCCAUACUUGUCCAUGAUCACCUGGAGAAGAAGAAACACUCCCAUUAUUUGAAUCAGCAGGUCCAAGCCAGCCAGCCACCAGGAAAAGAGAGGCUGGCAGAACUUUACCAGCAGGUGGCGUGCUUCUCUUUGCUGUCGAAGAUCUACAGCCUCAACGAUCACUUUUACCACAAGUAUUACGCCCACCCAACAGCCCUGAUGCAAGUGAACACUGCCCUGGAGACACAAAAUGAUUUCGAGAUUGUGAAGGCAUUCCUGGACUACUCACAGUUUCAUCAGUUGUCUGGCUACCAAGAGAUGUGGUUCGCCUACGAGAUCAAGGCCAUGGAGCGAGUCUGCCGGCUCCCAGUGGACAGCGAGGCCAUCGAGAUGGUGGCCUAUGUGGCUGACACCCUGGGCCACAUCAAGUUCGUCAUGGGCCACCUGGACUUGGCCAUCGAGUUAGGUUUCCGGGCUCACAAGAUGUGGGCCCUACUCCAGAACCCCAACACCUACUGCUCCGUGCUUAGUACACUCUCCGGCUCCCUGCUGCUGAGGAACAGAUACAAGCAACUGAUCCAGGUGCUGGAGUUGCUGUGGCAACUGUCUGAGGAGGAAGAGCACAUUUUCAGCAAGGCCUGCUUCUAUGUCUUCUGCUUGGAAAUCAUGCUUUAUUGUGGCUUUGUGUACAGACCUUUCGAUGAGUGCCUGCAGUUCCUAAACCUCUACGAGGACACCACCAUCCUCACGUUCCAGAGCGGAGUCCUCCUGAGCUUUUACUCGGCCCUGGCUAUCUGGUAUGCCAGGCUCCAGGAAUGGGACAACUUUACCAACUUGAUGAACAAAAGUAAAAGUCUCCUGUCACGGAGAACCCCGACGACUGCUUACUACGGAGGUAUUGUUAAAUACAUGGAGGCGCAGGUGCUCCGUCUCCAAAAGCAGAUCGAAGAGCAGUACCACAAGGCUCAGGACAGCGGGGUGGAGCUGCUCAAGAACUUGGAGAGUCUCCUGUCUCAAAACACCAUGGGCUCUGUGUGGCAGCCACGGCUCUACCACCUGAUGGCCUACAUCUGCAUUCUCAUGGGAGAUGGACGGAACUGUGACAUUUACCUGAGCCAGGCAAUGGAGAUCUCAGAAACUCAGGGCAACAUGCUGGAGAAGAGCUGGCUGCUCCUGAGCAAGGAGUGGUGGUACUCAAAUGCGGAGCUCAUGGAAGACCAGUGGCUUCGCACAGUACUGAAUCUCCCAUCCUGGGACAAACUUGUGUCAGGCAAGGUGAACAUGCAGGAUCUUCAAAAAAACAAGUUCCUGAUGAGGGUGAAUAUCCUGGACACGCCCUUCUAGCAUUUCACAAAAGAGUACAGAUGCUGGUGAGAGCCAUCCUGGUCCAAUAGGACGAGCUUGGAAAAGACAUUUGGGUGCAUGGCUGGGUGGUGCCUCCCAAGCCAGGUGAUGGGAAAUGUGUCCCCCCAUGAGCAUCACAUGUCUGUGCCAA